UCAAAUCUACCCAGAGAUGCCUUGGAAAAGAGGCUUGGUGAUGUACUUCCAAAAAAUCAGCCAUUGAAAACCCUAUGGAGCACAGUUCUACUCUCUAACGUGGAAUUGCCAUGAAUUAAAUUGACAGCAACUGGUUUAAGAAGCUGAUGUGGAGAUUAUAUAAUCAUCAGAUUUACCAUAUUUGUUUUAAGUCACAUGAUGAAUAGCUCAUAUUUCUCACAUUAUAUAGUAUUUACUAAGUGACCUUACCUGUCCAAGUCUUAUUUUUUUAAAUGAGAAAAAUAACAGUGUCUACAUCACAGAGUUGUUGUUAGCAUUAUAUAACAUAAUACAUAGAAAACACCUAAGAGAGUGCCUGGCAUAUAGCAUGCACACAGAAUUAUUGUGUUGUCGUUCUCUCAAAAAUUAAUCUAUUAUAACUACUUGACUUAACUAAAGAGAAAGCUCUUUCCAAGGUCAGUUGGGGAUGCUGGGAAAAUUCCCACCAAUCAUAGCUAGCUAAUUCUCUGACUCCAGGGUUGAUCUUAAUAUCUCACCUCUCCUGGGGUGUUGGGCAAUUUGUCAGGCUCAUUUGUACGGUGGCAGUAGGAGAUUGACAGCUUUAUGGGCAAGCAGGAAGCCUGAUGACGCAAGGCUGUCUUUGAGUGAUUCUAGGGUAAAUAUGCCUGAGUAUCUCAGACUCAAGUGCUGCCCUGGCACAUUUGCUCCAAGUUCCUAAUAAGUAUUAAAAGUCAAAUCCUAACAUUUUCUGAAGAAACAUUUUUUAUUGUCUGGCCUCUUAAGCUCGCAAGAGGUAAAGAUUUGGGGAUGUUACUGCAAAGAGAAGUAAACUGAAUAUGGUUUAUUGUGUUGAAAUAAUGAGUAUUUCUAAACAGGGACAUUAUAUCAAAUUCCAUUCAGAUUUUCCAUUCCUUUUAUCCGCAGGUGGUGCAGUCGUUAAGAGCUCUCCUGCUAACCAAAAGGAUGGUGCUGCUUCACUGGUGUUUGCUGUGGCUGCUAUUACCACUCAGCUCAAGGACCCAGAAGUUUCCUACUCGAGAUGAGGAACUUUUUCAAAUGCAGAUCCGGGACAAAGCAUUUUUUCAUGAUUCGUCCGUAAUUCCAGAUGGAGCUGAAAUUAGCAGUUAUCUCUUUAGAGACACACCCAAAAGGUAUUUCUUUGUGGUGGAAGAAGACAAUACUCCAUUAUCAGUCACGGUGACUCCCUGUGAUGCACCUUUAGAAUGGAAACUGAGCCUCCAGGAGCUGCCAGAGGAGGCUAGCGGGGAAGGCUCAGGUGAUCCAGAACCUCUUGAGCAGCAGAAGCAGCAGAUCAUUAGUGAGGAAGGCACAGAGUUAUUCUCCUACAAAGGCAAUGAUGUUGAGUAUUUUAUAUCGUCUAGCUCUCCAUCUGGUUUAUAUCAGUUGGAGCUUCUUUCAACAGAGAAAGAUACACAUUUCAAAGUGUAUGCCACUACAACUCCAGAGUCAGAUCAACCAUACCCUGAAUUGCCUUAUGACCCAAGAGUAGAUGUCACCUCCCUAGGACGCACCACAGUCACUUUGGCCUGGAAACCGAGCCCCACGUCCUCUUUGCUGAAACAGCCCAUUCAGUACUGUGUGGUCAUCAACAAAGAACACAAUUUUAAAAGUCUCUGUGCAGUGGAAGCAAAGCUGAGUGCAGAUGAUACUUUUAUGAUGGCGCCAAAACCUGGUCUGCACUUCAGCCCCUUUGACUUUGCCCACUUUGGAUUUCCUUCAUACAAUUUGGGUAAAGAACGUGGCUUCCUAGCAAAGCCUUCUCCAAAACUGGGACGUCACAUCUACUCAAGGCCCAAGGUUGACAUUCAGAAAAUCUGCAUCGGAAACAAGAACAUCUUCACCGUCUCCGAUCUGAAACCCGAUACGCAGUACUACUUUGACGUCUUUGUGGUCAAGAGCAACAGCAACACGAGCACUGCUUAUGUCGGCACCUUCGCCAGGACCAAGGAAGAAGCUAAACAGAAGAGAGUUGAGCUUAAAGACGGAAAAGUUACAGAUGUAUUUGUGAAAAGGAAGGGGGCAAAGUUUCUACGGUUUGCUCCAGUCUCUUCUCACCAAAAAGUCACCUUCUUUAUUCACUCUUGCCUAGACGCUGUCCAAAUCCAAGUGAGACGGGAUGGAAAGCUCCUUCUGUCUCACAGUGUGGAAGACAUUCGGCAGUUUCAGCUUAGAGGGAAACCUAAAGCCAAGUACCUCAUCAGACUGAAAGGAAACAAAAAAGGGGCAUCCCUGUUGAAAAUUCUAGCCACCACAAGGCCAAGUAAGCAGUCAUUCCCCUCUCUUCCGGAAGAUACAAGAAUCAAAGCCUUCGACAAGCUCCGUACCUGUUCUUCCGCCACUGUGGCUUGGCUAGGCACUCAGGAAAGGAACAAGUUUUGCAUCUACAAAAAAGAAGUGGCUGAUAACUACAACGAAGACCAGAAGAAAAGAGAACAAAACCAAUGCCUAGGACCAGAUACCCGGAAGAAAUCAGAAAAGGUCCUCUGUAAAUAUUUCCAUAGUCAAAACGUGCAAAAAGCAGUGACCACAGAAACAAUCAAAGGUCUUCAGCCUGGCAAAUCUUACCUGCUGGAUGUUUAUGUCAUAGGACAUGGGGGGCAUUCUGUGAAGUAUCAGAGUAAAGUCGUGAAAACCAGGAAGCUCUGUUAGUUACCUUGCAUAGAGAUAGAUGUAGAACUCCAGGAGAGACAUUAAAUCACUUUAAGUAUAAACUGGCUACUCCCACAGCUGAGAGAAGUUCUGACCUGCGUUUAUACGCUGUAAGGAAAGAUCCCAACUUGUGUAUAUGUAUGUUUAUGUAAGUAAUUGUUGGAGGAGACUUGGCCAAAUGUGCCGAAAUGGUACCUAGCACACGGCUGAUGCCCAGUCGAUGUCAAAGGUGGAGGGCAUCUCGAAGGAACUGCUGCCCCUUGCUUUGCCACUGCAUGAACUGCUUCUAAAUUAUUUUAUUACCUAAAAAUUUAAAAUAUGCCAUUCAUUGCACACGUCCACAAAUGCAAAUCAUUCCUCCCUAUAGAUGCUAGGGUAUAUAUAAAUUAUUUUCUAAAGUCUUGUUUUAAAUGUCAGUGUUCCUAUGAUUGUAAACUAUUCAAUUCUUCCUGUUAAAGUACAGGUCUAAUCUAAGUAUUAUGAAGUGGACAGCCCUGUAGUCAGUUAUAUUGCUAUUGUAAAUUCUUAUUUGUUGAGUAAAAUGUUUAAAUACUGUAUGUAUCUCCUGUACAAAGUUGACAUACAUUAUAUUCAUGUACAUAAAAUUAAAGAUAUUAGAUUAUAUACGGCUCAUUUUCUCAAGCAGCUACCUUGGUGUAUUCAACUUCUUUUCUGCCCCUAAAAUUGUGUCUGUAUGUAAUUUGGCACCAAAAUUGGCCUAAAGUUACUAUGCCAUUAGAAGAAGUUGUUAGAAUCUGUAUUUUGACACUGACUGGGAGCCAGCUAUUGUGAGAGCUGAGAAAACUACCAUGUACUUGCUUUCAAAGGUUAAGACAAGCCAAACAGUGCAGCUUGAGAAACAUACUGUCCUUAACAACCUGAAAUACAUCACAUUUUAAGCAUCAAUUUCAAGUGCAAAAUUCAAAUAUUCCAAGAAUUUUCCAUCUGCUUGAAUAUUAGCAAAAUAAUUAUUUUAAUUUCUACAAAAGCAACUUAUCAACUACCAGUUAGGCCUGUGGGUAAUAAUAAGGGGGAAAAAAGUAGCAAUCUGCUACUUUUAACUUUGCUUUUUAAUUGAUUUUUAAAAAAUAAUUUAGAUGUAAGAUAAAAUUUAGGCAAAUAAAAACAGAAACCUUUUAUCAUGGAAAGACAGUGCACAAAGUGCAGUUUUAGCUGGCUUCAUUCUCCAUGAUCCUAUACAUAAAUCAUGAAGUGUAAUGAGCGUAUUGGACUAAGAUUCAGCAAAUGUUGAUUUUACAAUUACCUAAGCUAUGUGACUUUAGGCAAAUCUGUUGACCGUCCAUCAUCUCCUUUUCCCAUCUGUAAAACUAGGCAGUGAUGGGUUUGCACAGGAUGGCACUGUAAGUUAUCUUCUAUUACACGAGGUUGUCUUUUGUAGAAUUCUAUGAUCCUAAAUUACCAAGUGCUUCUGUGUCUACAAGUGCGGACUGGUAUAAUCUGUUAGCCUCUGCACUGUUCCCUGCAUGCUGUCUCCACCUUUCAUAUGGCAUGCCUGCAUGAGUAGCGUUCCUAUGGAGUAUAGAAUUACUACAGCUAAGGUAGUAUAAAUGACAGUCCUCACAAAAGGUGUUCUGCUCACCUUAGGGAAAAAUACCAUGCAACUCCUCAGUGUUAAGGUAGACAAACAACAUUGAUCACACCCCUAUCAAAUACUUACGACGUUGGAAAGAAUUAAAAAAAAAAAAAAAAUGAACACAAUGGGCAUGUAACCAACCAAAGUGGAAGGAGAGACCUUAAAACUGACAACAUCUCAGAGCUCGUAUAUCUUAAGUUAUAAAUGGGGUACUGUUGGAAGGAGAGUCAACUUUCUCAUAUUGUGUGUAUAUCAUUACAGAGCAAUGUGCUACAUGCGCUGUCACGAAUCUAAGCUUUAUUGCAGCUUCUGAAGGUGAGGGAGUUAACUCUCAGCUAUUUCUUAACGCCUAGGAAACCCUGGGAACCAGGCCAAAUCAUUUAACCAAGCUUUUACUGUUCAGCCAGCUGUGAUGGUGGUUUCUACAUAAUCUGGAUAAAUCUGGGAGUUCUUUCAUGGCCCCAGUGAAAUUUGCCUUCUUAAAAUUAUAGGCAAAUGUGAAAGUUAUAGCCCUUAUAAAGAAAGGAAAAAUCUAUGAAAAGUAAAGCUUUCUAAUUUACCAGGGCAUUUAGAUUUUAAGAGUAUUAGGUGAACUGAGGACCAAGUUAGAAAAACUUGCUCUGAAUUAACAAAAGAACUAGAAAAUUGCUAAUCUGAAAGCACCGCCUCAUCUACGUUAAGAUCCAAGUUGGCUGUAUUGAGAACGUGGCGUUUGAAAUCCCAACCGUAACCACAGUGUCACAGAGGAGGGACGAACCUUCGAGGAUGUAGUUACCAUCUUUAUUUUUCAGUUGCAGAAAAAAAUUGAAGACCAGAGAAAAUUUUUUAAAAAUCCUAAAAUAAAACCCUCAUAAUCAGAACAUUUGAACAGUGAACGUUAGUCUGACUCUAAAAUCAUUGUAAGAAUGUAAAUCACCAAUUCUUGGAGGGAAGAGGGGAAGCCAUUACACAUUUCAUUCUCCAAAAAGGACUGUUUUGUUUUAUUUAUGAUUACAAGGCAAGUUACCCUUUUUUUACAUAUAUUUUAUUGUGUUUUCGGUGAAAGUUUACACAGUAAAUUAGGUCCACAUUUAACGAUCUCUGUACAUAUUGUUCAGUGACGUUUGUUACAUUUUCCACAGUAUGUCAACAUUCUCUUUAUUUCCAUUCUGAUUGUUCAUUUCCAUUAAUCUGGCUUCCCUGUCCUCCCCACC